AUGAACGCAGACCAUAUCCAGGCAAACUACGCCCAAAACGCCUCCACCUACGACCAAUUCGCCUCCCUACCGCUAGGCAAACUCGAACAGCAGCUGUUCGACCUGUCAAUCAAGGAUUGCGCCGGCCUCAAAGUUCUGGAUCUAGGUGGCGGCACCGGUGCGCGCGCUCGCGACGCUUUGAAAGCCGGCGCUGAAGCGGUCGAUGUUGUGGACAUUUCGCCUGAAAUGAUGCAGCUUGGGCAAGCGCAAGAAGCUUCCCUCGGGAGGGAGAGGAUUAGAUGGUUUCACGGCGAUGCUUCUCAGUCUCUCGAUCAUCUUGGUUUAGCUCCGUAUGAUCUGGUCAUUGCCAACGGCGUCUUCGACCACGCACAUAAUGUCGAGGAACUGGACAUGAUGUGGCGCAACGCAGCGGCGUAUCUCAAGCCUGGCGGACGGGUGCUUGCGAAUAGAAACAACCCCUACUCGCGAGCGGCGUCGAGUGGGAAGUAUGGUGUGCAGCUCGGCGGGUUUCAACCGUUUGCUGGCGGGUUUGCGUAUCGAUAUCGCAUGUUGACCGAGCCGGUGUUGGAGUUUGAGUCGCUGGCGUUAGACGCGUAUUACGAUGGGUCGAUGGAGGUUGCUGGAAAGUACUUUGAGGCGUUUACGAAUGUGCGCUGGGAGGAGACGCCGGUUGUUAGAGGAGAUCGGGAGUUCUGGGAGGAGUAUUUGCAGGAUCCGAUACUGUAUAUCUUCACGGCUACGAAGCGGCAUGAGACCACGGCUUGA